AUGGGGUCGAGGCGGUCGCGGCGCGUUUCGUGGGCCACCGGACCCAGCCUCUGCAAGGUAAGGCUGUUCAUAUCUGAGGAUUCCCCUUCUCAAGCUGGAUUAAGACCGCAAGACAAUCUCCAAGCAAAAGGCUCAGCAUCCUUAAUGCAUGCAGCUAGCCCGAGUUCAGAUGAUUCCCUGCCUCCGGGUUUUGAGUCACUGCAGCCAGCCAAUGACCUCAAAAUUGACAUAUCUCAAAUUCCUCUUAUUAGGUGGAAAUGCCCACCACAUAUAUUGCUGAAUCCAAACUGGCACCUUGCCUCUGGAGAAGAAAGCAGGGAGAUUGCUGUACAAAAUGAGAGAAUGUUUGGAGUGCUUGAGGCUAUUUAUCCACGUGCAUCGAACAUUCCUCCAAACCCAUUUGUUUCUCCUGAUGUGAAAGACUCUCAUUAUGAUGACUCCAGAACCCCAUUGGUUCCUGUGAUCCCUGUCGAAGAUGAUGAUGCUUCAGAUCAGUCGGAAGGACCAUUGCUUGAGCAACCAAACAAUUACCAUCAGUCUGAUAACUAUGGCCCUGCAGAAAUCAAUGCGCUGCAAGUGUCAAAUACUCCAAUUACUCCUGCACAACAGCAGCCUGGUGGAUCCACUGGCGUUGAAGCUGAUGUGUUGGCUGCAGCCUCUGCUGCAUACACUGCAAUAAUGCAGAGCAACCAAAAGGGAAGUAUGGUUGACCGAGAUCUACUUGUUAAAAUACUAAGUGAUCCUGUACAAGUUGAGAGGUUAAUGAAAGAAUACAACCAAAUUAGAAAUGAACAAUCUACUAGUAGUUCUGUUGUUGCCCCAGCGCCACCGUGUCCACCCCCCCAAAUGACAAUGACUGCCCCUGCCUCAUAUUCCAAUCAAAUGACAACUUUCCAGAACACAAAUUCCACCCUGCCACCUCCAAUGGCCCCACGGCCAAUGAUGAAUCGACCACCUCAAGGAUAUCCUCCUGUUCCCAUGAAUCAUCCACCCGGUUCUAGUCCAGCUAUGGAUCUUCCACCGGGUUCAAAUCCAGCUAUGAGUCAUCGACCAGGUUCAAAUCCACCUAUGAGUCAUCCACCAGGUUCAAAUCCACCUAUGAGUCGUCCACCGGGUUCAAAUCCACCUAUGAGUCGUCCACCGGGUUCAAAUCCACCUAUGAGUCAUCCACCGGGUUCAAAUCCAGCUAUGAGUCAUCCAUUGGGCUCAAAUCCAGCUAUGAGUCAUGCACCGGGUUCAAAUCCAGCUAUGAGUUAUCCACCGGGUUCAAGUAGUCCAGCUAUGAAUUUUUCAGGUGCUCCACCAAGGGCUAUCAACUAUUACAAAACCCUCAUCCAUCAACAUGGUGGUGAGAGGCAGGAAUCAUUUGAACAACAUGGAAGGCAGUUUGGAAUGUACCAUCAAUCUGCUCCUCCCCAAACUAAUGGUAUUGAUGCUAUGAACGGUGCUUCUAUGGUGAACAGAGAUACGAAAACGAGGCCAACAAGACCAUGUGCCUACUUCAACGGCCCGAGAGGGUGUCGCAACGGAGCUAAUUGCACGUUUCUACAUGAGUCAUCUGCCACUUCAAGGCAGCAGGAGCAACAAAACGGCUCGAAAAGGAUAAAGUUAGACAGCAGAAUAACUGGUCGAAAUUGA